AUGAAACUCACUAAAAAAGAGGUUAGCAAGUAUAUACCUCGUGAUAUUUCUUUUGAUAUUCUAUCCAAAUUGCCUUUGAAAUCUUUGAAGCGAUUUACAUGUGUGUGUAAAUUUUGGACUAAUUUAUUUGAAAAACCUGAAUUCAUGAGAAUGUAUCGCAAACAUUUAUCCACAUCUACGUAUGACGAUCAUAAUUCGCGCCUCCUCUUUAAGCAGACUCCUGCUGGCUAUAUGAGUGAUGAAGAUAAUUUAUAUAUUCUUUCUAAUGAGACUUUUGAGAAUAGUAUUAAGUUAGAUUGGCCACCUCCAUUUGAAUCGCAUCACAUAGAUAUGUGUGUCUUUGAUUCUGUUGUUAAUGGCAUACUUUGUGUCUAUCAAGGUUCUGGAUCUUGCACCUCAACUUUGUUUGGGCAAACAGUAGUAUUGUGGAGUCAAUCUACCGAUGAAUUCAAGGUCAUUCCCGAUGGCUCUAUUGAGCAUCUAAUUCUCAAAGCAUUUCCUCCGGGCACUGUUUUUGAAGAGCUACCUAUUAUACCGACUUUUGUUGGCAUUCAUGGAUUUUGUUAUGACCCCGUGACUGAUGACUACAAGCUGAUUCGACGUUUUGGUUUCAGUCUCAAUCCCCAGAACAUUAAUGAUGACAUUGUGAGCUUUUGGCAGAUAUAUAGCUUAAAAAGUAAUUGUUGGAGAGAUCUUCAAGUUGAAGUUGAUAUGCCAGGUAACAUGGGUAGAACCGUUGAUUUUGCGGUGAAUUUACAUGGGAUGUGCCAUUGGUUGGGCAAUGUAGGUACUAUUGUUGGGGAAGAUGAGUUGGUAUCAUUUAAUUUAAGUGAUGAAACCUUCAUUAGGACACCCUUGAUUCAUGUUGAUGAUGGCCCUUUUAUCGUACAUUUAGUGGUGUUGAAAGAGUCGAUUGCUCUGAUGGAGAUGGACGAUUAUGGUGGUUAUUUGAUAUCAAUUUUGGGUGAAUUAGGUGUAGCAGAGUCAUUGACGAGACUUUUUAGAACCGGAAUCCUACCUGACAUUCAAGAAAUUAUUGGGGUUGGCAAGAAUGGCAAUAUAUUCUACGUAACUGGGGACGAAGAAAUUGCAAAGUAUAAUUUAAAUACCGAGAUGAAUGAAGAGAUCGGUGUUAGAGGAAGGUUUGGAAGUUGUCAAAUGGUUAUUUAUAACGAAAGCCUACUUCCUAUGGAAGGAAUACUUAGUUAAUUGUUUUUCUAUUACAUAGU